UUGACACUUGUUCCCCGCCAUGAUGCUCUCCCGGUCCUUGGUCUGGCUCCUUGCUGCAGCUGCCGUGCAGGCUGCUAAGAUUGCUGUCUCAUCGCCCAAGGUCACUAUCUCGGGCAAGGGUGCUGGCGUUUUGCAAACAGAAACACUCUCACUCACGCAGAAGUCGGAGUCGCUGACGCUAGGACCAACCGACACUCUCAAGCUCACCUUCCAGCUCACAGAGGGUACUCCUGAUGGCAAGGGAGUGCAGCCGCACCAGACGUUCCUCCGUUUCUAUGAUGCCGCGUCCGGAGAGGAAGGCAUUCAGCCUGUUCGCGUCUCGUCUGGUGGCAAGGCCAAGUUCGAGCUGAACAUGGCCAAGCCUCCUCCAUCUCUGCCUCCCACCUCAGACGCUCCCUUGAGUGUGUCCCUCAUCCUUGGUUCAUUCGUACAUGAGUCCGCCAAAUACGAGCUCUUCGACUUGCAUGUUCCUGCCUCGGGCACCAUUGCGCCCCACCCGGACGCGACCCAGUUCGCUCCCCAGCCUGAAAUCACACACACCUUCCAUGCUCCCCAGGCGCUGCCUCCUCGCCCCGUUAGCGCCGUCGGCACUGCACUCGUCUUCGCUCCUUGGGUCGUUCUUGUUGGUCUUAUGUCACGAAUCUCCAUCCCUCUUCCUAACCUUUUCUCUACCGAGACCCUGCCCUUCACCAUUCUUCUGGGGGCAUUCGAGGGACUUCUCGUUUGGUACUGGGUUGGACUCCGCAUUGGCGACGUUCUUCUCUACGGCGCUGUUCUUGCCGUGCCUACGGUGUUUGCUGGGAACCGCGCUCUUCGCGCAACCGGCAGGUGGAGAGCUGGCAAGCGGUAGUCAGUUCGUUCAAAAUAUUUGUAAUGCAACAACAAAUACCUGUCAGAAUAUUUAGAAUGCCUAGUGCGUCUGGCUAUAUGCUUGCUCUCUUUGCCGACAUUUUAUGGAAAACGUAAAGUACUUCGAAAAGGCUAUUGUGAAGGUGC